AUGACAAGCCCAUUCGAAUCAGCAUUGUAUAACUCACUGGGUGUUAUGUCAUCUGUUUGUUUCGGACUACAAUAUGUACCGCAAAUGUAUUUAAAUUAUAAUAGAAGAUCGGUUCAAGGAUUUUCAUUGCAUAGCAUAGUCAUUAAACUGAUAGGUGCUGCUUUUUUAUUAGUAAAUAGUUCUCUAACUGGUGAUUCAGUUAAUAGAACACUACCGUGGAUUGCAUUUCCAGUGGUACCAUAUUUAAUUGGAUAUCUAUAUCCCUCUACCAUGUGUAAAUAUCAAGGAAUAACAGAUAUAACAAAUAGUGUAAAACCAAUUACACAAUUACUUAGUCAUUUACCACAGAUGAUAGUAUGUAUAAAUUCAAAGACAACAAUAGGAGUUUCACUACCUUCACAGUAUUUAAAUUUCGUGGGUGGUGUUGCAGGUGUUAUAAUGUGCGUAGGUAUACCUCCAAAAUCAACGUUGACCUACUUUAUUUAUAUCAACAGUGUAUGGCAAGCAAUAUCUAUUUUCAUCAUGUAUUUCUACUAUGACUAUCGAAAACUACAACUACAACAACAUACAAAUAAAACUAAAGCCGAUCCAGUUUAG